AACACCCACGCCAGCUGCAUCCAAACACGCACUCCGCUGGCGGAUUUGGACAAAGGACAAAGGACACACACACGCACAACCACCCAUCGUUAUGGGGCGGCCAAAAUCGGGCCAGGGCUUUGGGCCACCUGCCACCAGUUCAUUAAUGAUCUAUGCAUUAAUGUGGCUCGCGUUGGCCAUGACAAUGGAGGCCAUAGAUGCCCCACUGCCUCUGUCCCUGGCCGAGUACCCGCUCGGCCUGCCGCUGGAACAUGGCAGCAAACACCAUUACCAGGAUGCGGGCGUGGGAUCGUUGCCGGGAUUAACAGGAUAUACGCGAAAUUAUUAUGGCCCCACUGACACUGCAGCCGGCGAUGACUUGGCAACAUAUGGAAAUUAUGCUCACAAUCUCCUCGCCACCCAACAGCACCAUCCGCACUCAUCCCUUGGCACCACGGCCAAUGGCUUUGUGCCCUUCUACUACAACAGCCAGCUACACCAGCAAUUCACCGCGGGUGAGGAGCCGCCUCGCGACCCAUCGGCCAAUAUCGAUUUUGUCAUUAAUACGGCAAAUUAUGAGCCAAAUUCCGCUGGCUACGCGGUGGAGCCCCAUCCCGGGCAGCACCACUACGAGAGCUAUGCAUAUCGGCCACGGGUGCAGUUUGCCACGUCGCCACCCGCUCCCGGCCAUUACCAUUUCGAACAAAUUUCCAAUUACCGGGAGAAUCGGGAACAUCGGGAGAGCGGCCAGCGGGAGCAGGAGGCGGCGCAGCACCAGCAGCAGCAGGAGCAGCAGGAUAAUUCCAGUGUCGAUGCGCGGCUCAAAGAGCUGCAAGCACUGGCCAACUCAGUGAAGCGUCAGCAGGAGGAGUCCUUAUCGAGUCUCCAACCCAAUCGGGAGCGAAACCAGCCACUGGAGCAGCGACCACUGCAGCAACUCGAAGCCAGACAGCUGCAACAUGUGCAACAUGUGCCACAUCAGCAGCCACACUUGCAGCAGCAUCUGCAGCAGAAGCAGCUACAUCCAGUGCAAUAUCCUCAGGAUCAACGGCAGCAACAGCGCCUGGGAAUCGCCCAGGAUCAACAGCUUCUGUACUCCCACAAGCAUAGCCACAUGGCGGAUCUGCCAGCCAUAACCACCAGUGUGCGCCACACGCCGGAGAGCAGCAAGGCGGUGGCCGGAGUGCCGCUGUCCAAGCACAUCGAGAUCACCAAGAGUGUGCCCAUCACGCACUACCAGAGGCAGCAUGUGCCCUUCAAGCAGAACGUCCAGGUGCAAGUGCCACGCACCGUGAUCGCAGCCAUACCCAAGCCCAUUCCCAUCAAAAUACCAGUGGCCCAAGCGGUGGCCGUGCCCCAGAUGCAGGAGGUGAAGAUACCCAUCGAGCGGGUGAGGCCGGUGCCCGUGGAGCGACCCAUUCCCUUCGUGGUGGAGCGCAGGGUGCCCUAUCGAGUGGAGAAGCCCGUGGUCUCGCCGGUUUAUUACCCGUAUCCGGUCAAAGUGCCCGUGGUGCGCACGGUGGUGCACAAGCAGCGACCCCACCAUGUGGCACCCGGCUGGAGUGCCACCGGCAAUCAUCUGCUAGGUUGAGUCUCUGCAACUACCAUGUAUGCAUCUAAGUUAGGUUCUUGAGUAUAUAUUCCUAAUCCAGUUUUACACCCUUUCAAGCGGGGUUUUCAGAUUUGUAAAAUCAAUGUACAAACUUUUGGGUAGUCAGUAAAUAUUAUGUGUUUUUGGUGAAAUGUUCUAAGGUGGAAUUAAA